AUGGAAAAAGGAGGAAAACAGCCGAAACCAAAAGAAGACAUUAUUUUGAAAAUUUUAAAGAAAGGACUAAUGAAAAGCAUUACAGAAAUAAGAUUGGCGAUUUGUGGUAAAAAGAAAUUCAUCAAAACGCUUUACGAUAAAGUAAAGGGGAAGUGCAAUAGGUGA